AUGACUGCUGUGGCAUCACCACCUAGCGUGCAAACGGGGCCUCGCAUGGGAUGGUUCGAUACUGGUAACGGAGGACAAGGUGCUUUCUCUUCAAUGGACGCGGAAGAAGUGUCUCGGACAUUUAUGCCUCGAAAAACCGUCCAGAGAUCGAACUCUUCGUCAUCCCUCCGAUCCAACGGCUCCGCCUCAACUACAGUGGCUCUUACUGAACAGAAUCCGGGCGCCGCACAACCUGCGCCCACAAAUACCUGGGGCAAGAAGAAGCCCUCGAGAAAUCUCUGGCAUACCUCCAAUUCCGAGCCGCAGUCCCUACGCGGCAUCCCACCCUCCUCUCAAGCCAUGCCGGCCUUUUCUUCCGGCCCUGGCGCUUUGUCCGCGGUCCAUCAGCCGUCAUCCAUUGUUCCGUCUCAGCAUAUGCUCCAACUCUCCCAGCAACAAAAUGGUCUCCGCUCAGCGAGCGUUCCACAGGGCGACCCGCCUGCGAUCUUGACCCUUCUGCCCAUCAACGGUACCUUCGAGAAGAAACAAAUCACCGUGCCUUUUUACCCGGAGCUGAUACGCAUUGGCCGACAGACCAAUGCGAAGACAGUGCCCACCCCAGUGAAUGGAUUUUUCGACUCGAAGGUGCUAUCACGGCAGCACGCUGAAAUCUGGGCCGAUAAGAACGGGAAGAUCUGGAUCCGCGAUGUUAAAUCGUCCAAUGGUACUUUCGUGAACGGAAAGCGCCUGUCUCAGGAGAACCGCGAAUCCGAUCCCCAUGAGUUGCGUGAGAACGAUACGUUAGAACUCGGAAUAGAUAUUGUUAGCGAAGAUCAGAAGACGAUUGUUCAUCACAAGGUGUCCGCCAAGGUCGAGCAUGCGGGCAUCUAUGCGUCGAUUCCCAACAUACUCGACCUGACGCUUGGCGACUUGGAUCCUUCGGCUGGCAAUGGCCUUGUUCCAUCACCACUCACCCAGCCUAUGGUACAACUUCGCGGUCGAUCAGGUAGUACCAUGAGCAACCGCAGUGCACAAAGUGCAGCGAGCAGCCAGUUCAAUGCGAUGCAGCAACAGCGUCAGAUGAACUACUGGAAUUCGCCGAUCUCAAUAGAGCAAGUGGUCAAGCGACUCACGAACGAGAUGAAACAGGCGAAACAGCAAUCGCAGGAGCUCCGGCAGACGGACGAGUUCCUCACGACUCUGAUGAAACCCGGUCAGCCCGAGAAAGAAAAGGCGAAGCAUUCACCGCCCGAUACCAAUGCCGCUCGCGCGAUCAACGGCAGACCCAAAAUUCCCCGCGUAGACUCGUUCUCACGGUUUUCCGAGCCUCCCGCACCUCCUCCACAGCAACCGCUCCCUGAGAAGCCGGAUGCUCUACCUCGAAAUGGCACAGACUCCCUCUCCCCUCUGAAGCGUUCCGAUACCGAAAAACCCAAGCUUGGUGGCAGCUCGCCUGUCAGUCGUGAUAACAGUCAGAUCCUUUCACUGAUUGAAGCAUUGUCAUCCGCCAAACGGGAGCUGGACACUCAAGGCGCCCGUGUCAAGGAACUAGAAGCCAUGUUGCUCCAAGAGCGAUCGGCUCGCGAAUCCGCCGAAGAGAAGGCCAGAACUCUGGAGAUGCGGACCGUUACAAAUGGUACGCAUGACACGUCUGUGUGCAGCGACGCCGAUCACGAGAUCACGCAAACUGUGCCGAUGGAUAAGUCGGUAGAAGAGCCUGCUGCCGAAGUUGCCGCGGAAGUUGUGACUGAGGUAGAACAGGCGGGUUCCCCUACCGAGGAUCUUCAACAUCGUCUGGAAACGAUGAUCCAGGAAAUGGAAGAAAUGAAGAAGCAAGUGACGAUCUUCAAAGAACAGGCCCAACGUGCGGAAAGUGAAACGGCUGAAGCACGCAAGUCCCUGGCGGAGAUGAUUGAAACAUUACGACGAGAGCGCGCGGAGCGUGCCGAGAGCGAUGCCAAGAUGGAGGCUUCAGGAACAAACCAUGUUCCUGACACCACGAUUACCAAGGCGGAGAAUGCCAUCGAGAAAGAUGCCUCCGAGCCUAGCGACCCACGACUGCAGCCUGCUGCAUCACCCCGCAUGAAAGAAGACGACACUGCAGAUUCCAAACUGGCCGCGCAGCCUCACCGACAUGACGUUCUGGAGCAAUCCAGCCCAUUUGCGUCAAUGCUGGGAGUCGUGCUUCUAGGAGUCGGAUUAAUGGCCUACUUGAAUGGAUGGCAGAAGAUGGAUAAAUGA